UAUCAAGAAAUGUAAACAGAAACCUAACCUUGCUUUUAAAAAAAUUCAAAUUUGAUUCCUUCUAGUUUUUAUGCAAAUAAAUUACUAAAGAACUUUCACUCAUAUAAAUCAUUAUACACAUUUUCCAGAGUAUGUAAUCAAAAUCUUCAACUACUGUGGGACGGACCAUCAAAAAACUUGUAGGCAGUACAAUAAACAUGUUCUUUUAGAAUUCAUUUACUUCUCUAAUAAUCCAUAUGUGCGACUUAAAGGGCUUCAAAUAAUUUAUCUUAUAAGAUGUACCUUCUCACAGUGUUAUUUUUAAGCCUCCCCUACAUUUUCUGUGAUAAUAACUGGGAAUUUAAGCUGCCUAUUGAACAGGUGCCAUAUCACUUUACUGCCUUUCCGACACUCGCAAAAAAGUGUCAAGAAGACCCGAAAUGUCCAUAUAAAGAAUACACUAAUGUGACAAGACAUUGGGGCUACCAAUAUAAUCACCAGUGGGGUGAACAAUACUCUAUACCUGACUGCCCUGGUGACCAUAAAGGAUGGGUCAGAUCAAAAUUUGAUCAAAUGAACACAUUUUAUACCCAAGGGGAUUUUGGAUUUGUGAAACAGCAAGUGAAGGAGUUGAAAGUUUUGUGUACCCCAUUAUUUUCUGAUGAUAGUAUACUUGAAUGUUCAGAUCAUAUGAGAUAUUGUAGAGGUAGGAACCUCAUGAUAAAUUUCACAAAUCUAGCAAAGAGACAAGAGCCAAUAAGAUACAAAAUGGAUGUACUAAGCAAAGGUGAUAUUGGAGGUCAUUGUAAGUUAAACCAAAAUGAAAUCAAUGAGCAAGCAGACCACAUUAGUGCCCUACAGAGUUGGGGUCCAGAAAUGAGGUUUUUUACCCAACUAGACAAGAAACCUUUAAGAAAUGGUGUCUGCGAUAUAGUUAUUGAAAAGCCUACAUACAUUAUGAAAAUCGAUGCCACAGUCAACAUGUACCAUCAUUUCUGUGAUUUUUUUAACCUAUAUGCUUCACUGCACCUCAAUACACAUCCAGACGCUUUUUCAACAGAUGUGCACAUUUUAAUUUGGGAAACGUUCACUUAUAGAUCUUCAUUUCAAGAUACCUGGCAAGCUUUUACUGACUAUCCUUUGUGGGACUUAAAGAACUUUAGGGGAAAAACUGUCUGUUUCAAGCAAGCAGUUUUUCCUCUAUUACCUAGGAUGAUUUUUGGGCUUUAUUAUAAUACACCUAUUAUUUAUGGAUGUCAGAAAAGCGGACUGUUUCAUGCUUUUUCGAAGUUUUUGUUGCAUAGAUUAAAUAUCCCUAUAAACAAAAGGCAUAGAAAAACAGUAAGGGUAACACUGCUAUCCAGAGACACCAAAUACAGAAGAAUAUUGAACGAAGAUGAAUUAUUAGCCUCACUGAAAGACGAAAAAGAUAUUGAAGUUAAAAGGGUGGUUUAUAACCGAAAUAUUCCCUUUAAAACCCAACUAGAAAUUACCGCCAACACGGAUGUUUUAAUUGGAAUACACGGAGCCGGACUUACACACUUACUAUUUUUACCGGAUUGGGCGUCUGUCUUUGAAUUGUAUAACUGUGAAGAUGCAAAUUGUUACGCAGACUUGUCAAGACUUAGAGGAGUGCACUAUGUCACAUGGAAGGAUACAGAAAAACUAACUUCCGAAAGCGAUGGUUCUCACGAAGGAGGUGCACAUGCCAAGUUUGCUAACUAUGCCUUUGAUGUUGAAGAAUUCAAGAGAUUAUUCAAACAGGCCGUUGAUCAUGUUAGAAAUCACGAGAAAUUCAAUGAAUUUUUGGAGGAGGUGUUUGAACAUGAUGAACUUUAAAAACGAUAACCCUAUGCAUUCGCAUCUAAAAGUUCAAAGUGAUAAUCUACGGUGUUUUCUACUAAAAAUUAUUUAUUUUCUAGUACUUAUAACAUGAAUCUCUCUCAUAAUUAAAUCUCUGUGAUCUUUUCUGUGUCAUCCUAAUAUAAGCGAAAUAUUAGUUUGUUAGUUCUAAACUUUUAAAAACAUACUAAAAGAUUUGAAUCUUAAAAAAAUCAAUUGUGACGCUUGGUUUGUCUAAUGGUCUGCUUUUUAUUAUUGUAAAUAUAUAUUUUAUUUUUAUUUUAAAUAAAAUAUGUUUCUAUAUUGA